AUGACAUUAGACGAGCGAAACGCCGCUAUUGGCAUGCUGCAGGCGGGUGCAACGCUGUCAGAAGUCGCAGCUAAGUUUGGACGCGCGCCGUCGACUAUCCACCGACUUUAUGAAAAGUUCUCCACCACUAAUACUACUCGUGAUAGGCCUCGAUCUGGCCGUCCAACGAUACUUUCGGACUAU